AUGAGCAAGGGAGCAACGAUGCACACUCUCACAACCCUCCCCGAGGAACUCCUCGCCCUCGUCCUCCAGAACUGUACAUCCUUCGCCCAGCUCCAUUCCGCGAUCCUAACAUCGAGAACGCUCUACACCGUCUGGAGGAACAACCAGCGCACCAUCCUGUGGCAGGUCGGCCAGUCAUCGGUUCCCGGGUUCAGCGAGGCUCUUAUUGCCGUCCGAGCAACAGACAUCGCCAAAUCCUCUGUCCUCCGCGGCGAGCUCCCACCGCACCCAUUCCCCAUCAACGAUCUCUCCGGCGAGGACUCAAAACCAACACUAGCUGAAGUACAACAAGUCCAAUCCUUCGCUUGCUUAGCCGCCUACCUCGAGUCCCGCACGCGCUGCGGGCAUGACAAAAAGAAGAACUUCCUCCCGCACAGAUGGUACUUUGAUAGUCUUUCCUGGUCAAAAGAGACAUGGUCUACCUGGCGAGAGUCGUAUCAUCGAGCCCUAUACCGGUACCUCACUGCCGGCGCUGUCCUAUGUCGAGCAUACUACGAACCGCUGCUGAGCGAGAAGAAACCAACGGGGUUCCUGUACUCGCUCCUCUCAAUGCUAGAGGGAAAGGUACCCCGGAGCGCAAACAGCGAGUACUACCCCGUCUGGUUCACAGAGGAAGAAAAGGGGUAUCUCCGCUCCGUACCGCUGUACAGCAGCCAGGGCUACGACGGUGGCUGGGAAGAAGCAUUCCGCCCACUCGAGGAGUUAUUCGUGCAAGAGAGCAGGAAGAACGCCUUCCCAAGACCCUCAAAAGAGCAUCCCUCACCAUCGGAAUCCAAGUCCCAGAGACGUCUACACGCCACAUUCGGCACACACUCACAGAAUCCCCUUUCCUUGGACGCUGAUCACCACGAAACCCUCUUCACGCACCUCCUCCACUUCCUCUCUCUAAUCGACAACGACAUCCGCUACCUCAUCUCCCUACCGGGCGAUACACCGGCCGAGGACAGCGCGGAUCCUAUUAUCCAUUCUCUGGACGGCGUAUUCCUCUUCGGCUCGUUUACGCUUAUGGACAUUACCAUCCGGCAGAAAGGAGCAGACAAAUCCGGAUCCGGAUCCGCAACAGACUAUACUUCAUGCGUUGCAUUCGCGUCUCCCACACUCCCCAAACUGACCAGCGAGUCUAUCCUCUCCACACCCAAUCAAAUCCCCACUCCAAUUUCCAAUCCAAAUACGAGUAUGUACCUCGGCUACCCCAACAUGCACAACACCCUCAAGAAAAUCUGGGACGUCUCGGGCCUCCCAAACUGCUAUGCCUGGAACCCCGUGCACAAGACGCCGCCACCGGUUUCCUUGUUCGUCGAGUACAUGCUGCGAAAGUACUACGGGCUGCGGUUCAGUUGGCGGAUGUUUGAUGCGACGACUGAGGUGCGCUGUGCGUGGUGUGCGUUUCAUCAGUUUGGGGGGGUUUUUACGGGUUUCGCACCGGGAGAGAGGGAGGGUGACGGAGUGUAUGUGGGAGAUGAUCUGUUUAUGCCUGAUAGCAAAGAUGGAAAGGGGGAGUGGCCGGUGGCGGUGUUUGAUGAGUACGCGUGGUAUUAUUGA